AUGGGCGCUCGGCAGCAGCGGGCGGUGACCCCGCUCAGCGCUCAGCCCCGCCUCUCCCCCCCAGCGCUCAGCACCAGCGGCUCGGAGAUGGUCGGCGCCGUGGGCAGCUCCAUCACCUUCCAGCUGCAGAGCCCGCGGGGCAGCGCGGCCGCCUGGAGCUUCCACAACGACGUGGUUGUGACCGUGCGCUUCGGGGACCCUCCCGAGGCCACCUUCUUCGAGGACAGCUUCAAGCCCCGCUUGUCCUUCCCGGGGAACGGCAGCGCGCUCAGCAUCUCCCCGCUGCGGCUGGAGGAUGCGGGCACCUACACGGCCAAGAGCGCAGGGGUGAAAUCCACCUUCACCUUGCGUGUGUACGGGGAGCUGGAGGCGCCCUCGGUCACCUGCACCGGGCAGAACUGCUCCGCCGGGCCCUGCCGCUUCACCCUGCGCUGCGCCGCGGCCGGAGCCGGCGCCGGAGACGUCUCCUACGCCUGGAGCGUGGGGAGCGGGCGCAGCCCCGGGGCCACGGUGACGGUGGAGGAGCCCCCCCCGGGGGAGCCGCUGCUCGCGUGCACGGCGCAGAACCCCGUCAGCAGCCGCAACGUCACCGUGAGCUCGGCCGCUGCCCUCUGCGCAGGAGGCAAAGGGACAUCAGUGGGGAAAGCCGUGGCCAUGGAGGGGCUGGGGAUGGAGUCUCCCUGCCACUGCUCCGUCCGCAGCAUCACCCAUCCUCAUGCAGUGCAUCGCUGCUCUUCCACGUUGGACCGCACCCCCUCCAGCGGGCAGGCUGUGAUUGCGGCCACAGUGGUAGCCGGAUCCGCAGUGCUUUUAGCAUCGCUUCUCCUCGUGGUCUGCUGCAAACCCAAAGGUGAGCGGAGCCUGCGGGAGCCUGCGGGCCUGAGGGUCCCGUCCAUGGGGUCCAUCACGGCCCCGACACCGGGGGGGGGGGAUGCAGGCUGGAGGCUCUUCCACCUGCGUGCAGAUGAGGCCGUGAGCACAGAGCCCAGAGCAGAGUACACCACGGUGUAUGCCCAGGUUGGCCCCUUCCAGCAGACGGAUGAUGAGAAGAUGGGUAAGGGGCUGCCAGGCUGCGGGGAGCAGGAGGAGAAAACCCUCUACUCCUUGGUCAACCUGCGGGAGCAAUACUCCAGCUUGCUCUGA